CGCACGGAGGGCGCUCCAGCGGGCGGGACUGGAGAGCUCCGCACGCCCGCAGCCGCCGGCCCCGCCGGAGGCACCGCGCCCUGCUCCGAGCGACCGAUCGCCGGCGCCAUGGACCGAGGCCGCGUGCUGGAGCAGCUGCUCCCCGAGCUCACAGGGCUGCUCAGCCUCCUGGACCAUGAGUACCUCAGCGACACCACCCUGGAGAAGAAGAUGGCUGUGGCCUCCAUCCUGCAGAGCCUGCAGCCCCUCCCAGCCAAAGAAGUCUCCUACCUGUAUGUGAACACAGCGGACCUCCAUGCCGGGCCCAGCUUUGUGGAGUCCCUCUUUGAAGAAUUUGACUGUGACCUGAGCGGCCUUCGAGACAUGACAGAGGACGACGGGGAGUCCUGCAAAGAAGCCACCCCUGAGCCAGCCAAGAGCCCAUCUCUGAGACACGCAGCCGACUUGCCUCCACCGCUCCCCAAAAGGCCUCCACCUGAGGACUACUAUGAGGAGGCCCUUCCCCUGGGGCCUGGCAAGUCCCCCGAGUAUAUCAGCUCCCACAACGACUGCAGCCCAGCCCACUCGAUUGUGGACAGCUACUACGAGGAUGCAGACAGCAGCUACCCCGCGACCGGGAUGAAUGGGGAGCUGAAGAACUCUUACAAUGACUCUGACGCCAUGAGCAGCUCCUACGAGUCCUAUGAUGAGGAGGAGGAGGAAGGGAAAGGGCCGCAGCCCACACACCAGUGGCCUUCAGAGGAGGCCUCCAUGCACCUGGUGAGGGACUGCAGGAUAUGUGCCUUCCUGCUGCGGAAAAAGCGCUUCGGGCAGUGGGCCAAGCAGCUGACCGUCAUCAAGGAGGACCAGCUCCUGUGUUACAAAAGCUCCAAGGACCGGCAGCCACAUCUGAGGCUAGCGCUGGAUGUCUGCAACGUCAUCUACGUGCCCAAGGACAGCCGGCACAAGAGGCACGAGCUGCGCUUCUCCCAGGGGGCUACCGAAGUCCUGGUGCUGGCACUGCAGAGCCGGGAGCAGGCCGAGGAGUGGCUGAAGGUCAUCCGAGAGGUCAGCAAGUCCGUUGGGGGUGCUGAGGGGGCAGAUGUGCCCAGAUCCCCAGUCCUCCUGUGCAAGGUGGACCUGGACAAGGGGGCUGUCUGUGUCCCUCCCCAGAGGCUGUCCCAAGAGAAGCAGACCUCGGAUUCCGACAGCAUGGGCCUGGGCGACAACUGUUCCACCCUUGGCCGCGAACACGGCAAAGGGAAGAAGAGCAGCCUGUCAGAGCUGAAGGGUUCAAUGAGCAGGGUUGCGGGCCGCAAGAUCACCCGUAUCAUCAGCUUCUCUAAGAAGAAGGCACUGGCCGAUGACCUGCAGACAUCCUCUACCGAGGAGGAGGUUCCAUGCUGUGGUUAUCUGAAUGUGCUGGUGAACCAUGGCUGGAAGGAACGCUGGUGCCGCCUAAAGUGCAACACCUUGUAUUUCCAUAAGGACCGCACGGACCUGCGGACCCACGUGAAUGCUAUCACCCUCCACGGUUGUGAGGUGGCCCCAAGCUUUGGGCCCAGACACCCAUUUGCCUUCAGGAUCCUGCGCAACCGGCAGGAGGUCGCCAUCUUGGAGGCAAGCUGCUCUGAGGACAUGGGCCGCUGGCUCGGGCUGCUGCUGGUGGAGAUGGGCUCCAAAGUCACUCCCGAAGCGCUGCAUUAUGACUACGUGGACGUGGAGACCUUAACCAGCAUCGUCAGUGCGGGGCGCAACUCCUUCCUAUAUGCAAGAUCCUGCCAGGAUCAGUGGCCUGAGCCCCGAGUCUAUGAUGAUGUUCCUUAUGAAAAGAUGCAGGACGAGGAGCCUGAGCGUCCCUCUGGAGCCCAGAUCAAGCGCCAUGCCUCCACCUGCAGUGAGAAGUCCCAUCGGGCAGACCCACAGGUCAAAGUCAAGCGCCAUGCCUCCAGUGCGCAUCAAUAUAAGUACGGUAAGAACCGAGCUGAGGAGGAUGCCAGGAGGUACCUGGUAGAAAAAGAAAAGCUGGAGAAAGAGAAAGAGACAAUCCGGACAGAGCUGAUGGCACUGCGGCAGGAAAAGAGGGAACUAAAGGAAGCCAUUCGGAACAGCCCAGGGGCAAAGUUAAAAGCUCUGGAAGAGGCCUUGGCCACCCUGGAAGCUCAGUGUAGGGCGAAGGAAGAGGGCCGUAUCGACCUGGAGCUGCGGCUGGUGGCUGUGAAGGAGCGCUUGCAGCAGUCCCUGGCAGGGGGCCCAGCCCUGGGGCUCUCCGUGAACAGCAAGAACAAGAGCGGGGAAACUGCAAAUAAACCCCAGAACAAUGCCCCAGAGCAACCUCUCCCUGUCAAUUGUGUUUCUGAGCUGCGGAAGAGGAGCCCAUCCAUCGUAACCUCCAACCAAGGAAGAGUGCUACAAAAAGCCAAGGAAUGGGAAAUGAAGAAGACCUAGAAAGAGGAUGAGGAUUUCAUCCAAAGGAGAUAACACCUUGUCCAUCCAAGGCAGAAAUGCUUUUUUCACAAGGAGACAUCAGAAGACUGGAAGUAGCCCACACUCUCUGGGGCACCCAAAAGACCAGCCUUUAUUGUCUGCAUGAUUAUAGGGGACAUGGGGAGGGAAGAAGCAGGAGAGAAGAGGGAAAUGGAGGGCAUCCUUAUAACUUUACAGAGGGUGGAAAUGGGGGUGGAGGGAGACAGAAAUCUGCACAGUCGUAAAGGUUUUGUUAAAUGUCUUUGCUUUCCCUUCUAAAGAAGAAAUGAAAGCAUAUGUGAAUAAGCCAUUCCAUCCCAUUCUCAGCAUCCCAUUCCCAGUCCUUAGGAAAAAGGAAGGCAGUGCUGAGGCAUCGGUGGUACAGUAUGAAGAGACAGGACCUGAUCAUCUGAUCCUGCUUGUGCCGAAUGGAUUCAUACUGGGCAUUACUGACAACCGCUGGGCAAGAUAAACAGGCUGAAAAAUCAAUACAAUUAUCCCUAACUUGCAUGAAGUGAACAAAAACUACAGAGAUCACGCAAAUUCUACAAUCAUUCCUCAUGAUUAUAGAAUCCUCAUGAUGCAGAAUCCAGAAUCCGAUUUGAGUGUUUACAAAUCAGAGAUCUGGCAAAGAGGGGUUCAGCAGGCAAAGAGAGGUUCAGCAGCUGACAUACUUUAAGCUCACAGUGCUACUCAGUGACAGAAGCAUGGAUUUCUAAUGUCCACAGGAUGUUGCAGGCAUUGUAGGAUGGGGUCAUUUGCUGUCAAUCAAGUCCCCUACCUAAUUUAUAUGGCACUCAGGCUCUGGGAGCUAUGGCUAUAAAUCCAGGUGACACUCCUUGUCUUUAACCUUACCUUGCACUUGGAGGCCCACCAGUCUGCCCUUUCAUACCUGCUAUCAAGUAAAACUAUCAUGGAGAACCAAGAGGAUGGUGGCUCAUUUCUGCCACAGGGGUGCUAAAUUUUUACAGACACUUGAUAUUUUUAUAGGGGAGCAAGGACCUCAAGUCCCAGGCAGUCUCCUAACUGCGCCACUCACUACUUUCUCAACACUGUAGGCACUUUAUAGGUCUUUACCACCUUUCCCUCCAAUAAGGAUAAAACCAUUUAACUGUAUAAGCUCAGAGGUUAGCUCAAGGGGAAAGAAGAGAAAUCCCAGAAUAACCUCUGGACUCUGCUAGAGGCUGCACACACUUUUCUUACCUAAGACUUUACAUACUUGAGCCUCACCCAAACUUUAUCACCCCCUGAGGUAGCUAGAGACCAAAGCAAGUAAAAUAACCUGACCAAAAGCACCUGGCUGCCAGUGGCAGAACAUAAGACUUUGGGCUAAUGAGCCUGGAUCCAGACAAGGCUGCUUGAGCCCUGCCUCUGCCACUUACCAGCUGUGACUCUGACCUCUCUGAUUGUUUUCCUUACCUGUGAAAACCAUGUUAACAAUUGUACUCUUCUCCCGAGACUACUGGGGGAAAACCCGGUUAACAACUAUACUUUCCUCCCAAGACUACUGGGGGAAUUCAAUGAGUUAAUACACAGGAAACAUCUUGUACAGCAUCCAAGAAAUAGGCAAUGUUCAGCCAUAGUGGUUCUUCUUAUUAGCUAGAUAAGAAACGUCUGACUCAAAAUACUGUGUCCUUUCCACUGAAGAAGAAAUGACUUUCAUGUGGUUAUUACAACCACCAAAAGCUAAAAGGCAACCAAUCUAUAACUGACAGCUUUCAUCCAGAUUCCACCUGAGUGUCUUCAGUAACAAAGGAGUUCACAUAAUCUGAAUUGUCAAUGUUCUUUUUUAAAAUGUGGGUCCUGGAAUGGCACCCAACAAUCCAAC